UCGCGAGAUGCUCUGAUAUCAUUGUCAACCGCGAAGCUGAUAGUGUCAAGACCAGUUUUUAGUUCGAAAUCGAACCAAACGAAAAAUACGAUGAAGAUUGCAUUCGCUGUUGCUGUUCUAAUUAGCGUGCUGGCGGUUGCCAGUAGCGCUCCAUAUCAGAUCGCCUAUUUAAUCCCAAUGGAAGUACCAGUAACUCGAGUUGCCCGAGCUGCUCAAUUCGGAGCUAGUGCUGCAAACGCUGGAGCUCAAAGUUUUAAUCAGGGAUUCGGAGGAUUUGGAGGCGGGUUCUCUGGUAGUGCGGCGAAUGCCGCUUCCCAAUCCUUCUCCUCGGGCGGUGGCUUUGGAGGAUUCCCUGGAUUCAGUGGUAGCUCUGCAAAUGCUGGUGCCCAGAGUUUCUCGAGUGGUGGUGGUUUCCCUGGAUUCGGUGGAUUCAGUGGAUCCGCUGCCAAUGCUGGUGCACAAUCGUUUAGCGGUUGAAUGUCCAAUCAGCAAGUGAUAAUUAAUGGCUAGACCCCGGAUACUGCCCAGUUUGAGUAUAAGGAAUAUGCGUAAAUUUAGCUAGCUGUUGUGUAUAUGUAAUUUACUUGAUUGGCACAAGUUAGUUCGAAUCAGUUACACACACAUUAACUUAUUAAACAACAUCAUGACACCGAUAACACUUGUAACGGAAACUGAAUGUGAUAAAUCGUUGUCCCCGAAAAAAGCUCAAA